AUGAAUCCACUGAUUUCUGCCGCUUCCGUUAUUGCUGCUGGAUUGGCUGUCGGGCUUGCUUCUAUUGGACCUGGGGUUGGGCAAGGUACUGCCGCGGGCCAAGCUGUGGAGGGGAUCGCCAGACAACCAGAAGCAGAGGGAAAAAUACGAGGUACUUUAUUGCUUAGUCUGGCUUUUAUGGAAGCUUUAACAAUUUAUGGACUGGUUGUGGCAUUAGCGCUUUUAUUUGCGAAUCCCUUUGUUUAA